UACGACGGCUCGCGGGGUCUGCUCGCGGCGGUUCUAAUCGCCGGAGGAAGAGGCUGGUCGCGGGCGUCUGGUCGUGACAGGGUUCGCGGGAAGCCGCGCAAUUCACGCAUGAACAAGGGUCGCCGGAAUUCUUCGCGAGAUGGAGGCGGAACUGGGCAGCGACUCACGACGUGGGAGGAGAGCGGGUCGUGGCGUUGCUGGGGUCUCGUCGCCGGCGGGGCGGCUGUUCGAUAUAUGUUCAGUAUAUGUCCCCAAUUUCUGCUGAUGAAGGUGGUUACUGAUUGUUUUUGGGACGGCAAGAUUUUAACUCCCGGGUUCAGAUUUCAUCCCACAGACGAGGAGCUCGUACUUUAUUAUCUGAAGAGGAAGAUCUGCUGUAAACGGCACCGUCUGGACGUGAUCGGUGAGCUGGACGUUUACAAGUGUGAUCCGGAAGAGUUGCCUGGGAUGUCAAAACUGAAAACCGGCGACAGACAGUGGUUCUUCUUUAGUCCCAGGGACAGGAAAUAUCCGAAUGGUGCACGUUCCAAUCGAGCCACAAGGCACGGUUACUGGAAAGCAACUGGCAAAGAUCGUGUAAUAUUGUGCGGUGCUCGUGCAGUCGGAUUAAAGAAGACCCUCGUUUUCUAUAGAGGUCGUGCCCCAAGUGGGGAGCGCACAGACUGGGUAAUGCACGAAUAUACCAUGGAUGAGGAUGAGUUGAAUAGAUGCAAGAAUGCCAAGACUUAUUAUGCCUUAUACAAGGUCUUCAAGAAGAGUGGCCCAGGUCCAAAGAACGGCGAACAAUAUGGUGCUCCAUUUAAUGAAGAGGAAUGGGAAGACGAAGAGAAUCCUGUCAUGAUUGCUAACAAGGCCGUUCUUGUAGACAAUGGCGAGACAGUCAACAGUCAACUUGUUGUGUCCUCAUUGGAGGAUGAUCUCGAGGAAAUCAUGGAAAGGAUGUUGGACGAGCCUAUCCCUCUUCAGACCCUAGCUGCUGAUGAAGAUGGGAUUUCUUUUGAAGAGUUCAUGGGGAAGUUCGAGACUGUUAGUAACUCUGUUGACUAUUCUUGUAGAGAUGUUUCAUUACCCAUGAUACAGUCAUUUGGGAUGCAGCCAAAUGUGGCAGAAGCUAAUUUUGAUCUUACGCAGUCUGGGAUUAAUGGAUUAUUAUCCUUUAGUGAGGCAUCUGAGGUCUCGUCAAUCCCGGUCAAUCAUAUGGAAAAUCCUCAUGUGAUUGAAGAGGAUUUCUUUGAAGAUUUUCUUGAAUUGGAUGAUCUGAGUGGCUCUAUUCUGACCGCACAAGAGAAGACUGAUGAUCGUGUGAUCAAUGAUUCGCAGAAUCAGGUGUUUGAUGGGUUUGAUGGUUUGAGUGAAUUCGAUUUUUACGAGGAUGCCCCUUCGAUCCUUUGUGACCUGGGACCAGUUCAUCCAAGGGAGGCUUCUCAACCUCACAUUGAUAGUUUUGUCGACAAUAGAAAUUUUGAUGCGGUCUCGAGUUUGCAGUUGGACAAUCUUGAGAACCCAACUGGGAAUUUUCUGAUGCAGCAACAAUUUAAUGAUACAGAAGGGGUUGCAUAUCGGAUGUGGACAAACGAGCAAAGUUGCAGUGUCGUAAAUGGUGCAGAAGCAAAUCAGGGACUCUGCCCAUCUCGUUCUUCAGGUACUGAAUCUUGUGGGAAUUUGAAGGAUGUAAUUUUGGAGCACCGUUGCAAAUGGAUGGUAUGGCAAGACCAUGUCAUCAUCUUCAAGGUGGUGAAAACUCUCGAGCCCAAGUGGAAAUGGGGGAGUUUGAGCCAGCUUCAAGAGCUAUAUUGUUCUGCUGCUAAAGUCUGUGUAUUGCAUCAAAAUCGAAUUAGUGGUUUUGUAAAUCAAUCUGCCGGAGCAAAUGAAAAUGGAAGUCGGGAAGAGGAUGAUGGCACAAACUCUUGGUUGUCUUCUGCUCUAUGGUCCUUUGUGGAGUCUAUACCAACGACUCCUGCCGAAGCUUCUGAGAGUGCUUUGGUAAAUAGGGCUUUUGAGCGGAUGUCUAGCUUCAGUAGGAAUGACGAGGCCGAAGUAUGUGCGGUUGGCGCCGGAGGUAAUCUCGGACCUCUCGGUUCGUCGAAAAGGCUGAAAGAUGUAAGAAAGCUUGUGGAAGACGGCUGGCAGGGAGAUCCCAGUGCUCGAGGACACGCGUUGGGAAAAUAUGGGGAGGAGAGUGAGAAGGUACGCGCGAUAAGCGGGACAAGAAGUAGCACAUAUCCUCUGCCGAGCUGCUCGUAG